UGCGCGCCGUCGGUUCUCAAUAUCAGUCAGCGGUGAGAACGAAUAAUCUCGAGUAAUAAGAGCAAUUUUCCGAUGCUGGUGAAUAAAAAAUAUGGGCAGUUAUGAAAAAAGCCUGAACUGGAUUGUGUAUGAGUGUAAGUGGAACGCGUUUUGAUUGAACAAUGAACGCUGGUCUAAUGAAUGCGCCGCAUUGCUUGUAUUUGGGAAAUGGCUACGAUAAAAGGAUGUGAUUUCUGUAAAGGAAAUAUUUUCAUUUUCUUUAUUUCAUUUGAUUGCAUUUUAACGGCAUUUUCAUUCUCACAUCUGCAGCAUGAAAGCUCGCAAUAGCAAUAGGGUGAGCAGAUAACGAGAAAGAGAUAGAGAGACGAAUUGAGAGAGAGAGAGAGAGAGAGAGAGAGAGAGAGAGAGAAUUAUUCGAAUAACCUCAAAGCCAUGAUUUGCUGCAUCUGCGCUGUGGGAUCUUGUUAAUCAUAGUCAUUAGAUAGUCGUAAACAGUCGGUUUUGUCAGACUAAAUAAACUUAUUCGCAUCUGUUUGAAAACACCUCUGCCAGCACCGUUAUUUAGCUGUUCUACAGGCCUGUCUGCGCGAGGGACACUCGGGGGUCGAGUCGUUCUCCGCGUGCAUGCUCAAUACCCGCUGAUAUAUUAAUCACGGGCAGCGCGUGACGAUGAGCGCGUGUGAAUUAAAGCUGCAGUUCGUCACCUGUUGGAAAGGUAACGGCAGCGCACGCGAGAGUGCCAGUCAGAAACCAGUGUCGCGACCGUCCGUGUGGAUGAAUCCAGGAAGCGAGACCCGAAUCGAGUCCAAGUUGUCAUAGUGAUUUUACCAUCUGUUGGAUCGGUUUGCUUAAAGCUUUCCCAGCGCGCGCACGUCAAUGCGCGUGUCUAGAGGCACUAUGUUGUUCGUUUACGAUACAAAACUCUGGCAUUAGCUGAUUCGAGGGAAGGGUCGUGACACCACAGGUACAUUUUCACGAGCAACUUGUUACCAGAUGUGCAGUGAAUACUGAACCUCGCUAGAGUUUUCAUAAUGAAAUGCCUCCGCAUAGUUUAUUAUCCAAGCGCCAUCCCGCCACUGCACCGUUCAGUCGGAGCUACGGAGGAGGAGGAGGAGGAGGAGGAGGGACAAGACUAUUGGUAUUCAUCUCUCGUAUGGUAGUCUCUUUCACCGUCCCCGCCGUUUGUGCUGAAAGGAUCUGCAUGCUGGAAAAAUGAACAGCUUCACCUGCUGAAAUCAACAACCAAUAUGGAGCACUUGGUGGUGGACACCUAGCUGCGAAGAUGCCCACUGGAUCUUCCCGAGUGUGUGGCGUUUGUUUUUGAGUGCUAGAGUGUGAUUGUGUCAAAGCAGAGAGUGUCAUUAAGCUACAGACAGAUUUUUUCAGUGCGAACGUGUGUGCUGUUAAGAGAGACCAUGUGGCACACACAGUCAGCAACUUACCUGCCGCUUACCCACCUGCUCUGCCGACCUCUGAACUUUGCUCUGUGUUGGCUGCUUGUGUGGUUGAUGUGGUCAGUCUCCAUGACAACAGCACUGACCUACCAGCCCACAGUAAACACAGCACUUGGCAGACUAAGGGGGAUGCGUGUCGCUGUGGCAACGGAGGGUCUGGGCCCUGUGGAUCAGUAUCUGGGUGUGCCUUACGCUGCCCCACCUGUAGGAGAGAAGCGCUUCAUGCCGCCCGAUGCUCCGUCGGCCUGGUCCGGUGUACGGAACGCCACCCGCUUUCCUCCUGUCUGCCCACAGACCGUUCGCAAUGCAGUGCCCGACAUCAUGAUGCCCGUCUGGGCCACCUACAACCUUGACACGGUCGCUACGUACCUGCAGGAGCAGAGUGAGGACUGUCUGUACUUGAAUAUAUACGUACCCACACAAAGUGGUACAAAGAGAACAGGCGACAUGUCAGCUGACACAGAGCGUUCAGAGGAUGAUGGGCUGAGGGAUUCUCGAGAUGACCCCCGUCCUGUGAUGUUGUUUAUACAUGGUGGCUCGUACAUGGAGGGCACGGGGAACAUUAUGGAUGGUAGUGUGUUGGCCAGCUACGGCAAUGUCAUCGUCAUAACCCUCAACUACAGGGUGGGAAUAUUAGGGUUUUUAAGCACAGGUGACCAGGCUGCUAAAGGGAAUUACGGUCUCUUGGAUCAGAUUCAGGCUCUCCGCUGGAUCAAUAAGAAUAUUGGAUAUUUCGGUGGUGAUCCAGGCCGUGUGACCGUGUUUGGCUCAGGAAUCGGAGCGUCCUGUGUCAGUUUGCUCACUCUUUCACACCAUUCUGAAGGUUUGUUCCACAGAGCAAUCAUUCAGAGCGGCUCAGCACUGUCCAGUUGGUCAGUGAACUAUCAGCCUGUGAAAUACACACGUCUCCUCGCCGAGCGUGUCGGCUGUAAUGUCCUUGACACACAAGACCUGGUCCUCUGCAUGCAGAAACGUAGCUACAGGGAACUGGUGGAGCAGGAAAUUCAGCCAGCGCGCUUCCAUGUGGCCUUUGGCCCGGUCAUCGACGGUGACCUCAUUCCGGAUGACCCUGAAGUACUCAUGGAGCAGGGGGAAUUUCUUAACUAUGACAUCAUGUUGGGUGUUAACCAGGGCGAAGGCUUCCGCUUUGUAGAGGGCGUGGUGGAACCAGAAGAGGGCGGAGUUUCUGGCUCGGAUUUUGACUUCACAGUGUCUGAUUUUGUGGAUGGUCUCUACGGUUAUCCAGAAGGGAAGGACACUCUCAGAGAGACCAUAAAGUUUAUGUACACGGACUGGGCCGAUCGAGACAAUCCCGAGACUCGCCGCAAAACCCUCGUGGCCAUGUUUACGGAUCACCAGUGGGUGGAGCCAGCUGUGGUGACGGCCGACCUGCAUGCACGUUACGGUUCUCCAACCUUCUUCUAUGCAUUCUACCAUCACUGCCAGAGCCCUAUGAAGCCUCCAUGGGCAGACGCCGCACACGGUGAUGAGCUCCCCUAUGUGUUUGGCAUUCCACUUAUUGGUCCCACUGAACUCUUUCCCUGCAACUUCUCCCGUAACGAUAUCAUGCUGAGUGCCGUCGUUAUGACCUACUGGACCAACUUUGCAAAAACCGGGGAUCCGAACAAGCCAGUUCCUCAGGACACAAAGUUCAUCCACACCAAGGCAAACCGUUUUGAAGAAGUGACAUGGGCCAAGUACGGUCCUCACGACCAGCUGUAUCUGCAUAUUGGGCUGAAGCCUCGUGUUCGGGAUCAUUAUCGAGCUACUAAAGUGGCCUUCUGGAAGCACCUGGUACCUCAUCUGUACAACCUGCAUGACAUGUUCCACUACACGUCCACCACCACACGGGUCCCGCCUCUUCUGACCACACACAGCUCUCACAGUGCCACGCCGCGGCCAGGGGGCAACAAGGCUCGUACCCCUGGUAAACAGCCCCCCCAGUCCACAGCACGCAGCGGACCGCUGGUCAUCGCCAAUCCGCGCGAUUACUCCACAGAGCUCAGUGUCACGAUCGCUGUCGGAGCGUCCCUCCUCUUCCUCAACGUUCUGGCCUUUGCUGCGCUCUACUACCGCAAGGACAAACGCAGUCGACAGGACACGCCCCCUCAGCCCGCACCUCAGCGACAGACCCCGCCCAAUGACCUCAGCUACACACCCACCUCCAUCUCUGGGGGUAACCAAGAGGAGGGGUCACUGUGCGACCCCCUGCGUUUGACCCCGGCAUCAUCUCCACGGGAUUACGCCCUCACACUUCGCCGCUCGCCGGAUGACAUUCCACUCAUGACGCCCAGUUCUGUUGCCAUGACACCGAAUAGUGGCACUAUGACACCCAACACAGUUACCUUGACACCCAAUAGUGUUACCAUGACACCCAACACCAUUACCAUGUCACCUAAUUCUUUGAUGGGGUAUCCCAGCAUGCACCCUUACAACACUUUCACACAUGGAUACAACUCCACCAGCCUGCCCCACCCACACUCAACAACACGUGUAUAACAUGCAACAGAAACUCACCACACACCAACACACAACACUCACAUCCCACAAAUCAUUACAACAUAAUCCGCGACUGAUUACUGUAAAUCAGAUCAAACCGGUGCAAACUGUUUAGCAGUAUUCUAAAGUACAAUAGCAGGUGAAACUAAUACAUAACAUGAGCACAAUCACCUCUGAUUUAUGGCACUAAUGAAUCAGUAUGACCCAUCAAUAUAACCAAUAAUAUAAACCAGAAGGAAACGAACAGUAUAAACCAGAAGGAAUGUCACUGCAGCACACUAGCAUAAACAGUGCGGCUCAGUAUGAACGCACCGCUUCACGUCUGACCCAUGUCAAUAUUCACGUUAUAUGAGCAGUUAAGAAACUUCUCUGUGGAAUAAGACCGAAAGAACGAGCAGAUUACCUGAGGGCGAGGUGUAGUACCGCUGCUGCCUCUAGGUGGUGCUGCAAGACUCUAAAAACCUUCAAGGUGUUUGAUCUGCAAGAACAGUAGGGGGCGCUGGAGUCCCAUCAGUGGUUCACCAUUAUGAACCAAGCAAGCACUUAUUCUAUGAUAUGUAAUAAUAAUAACCUGUAAUAACAAACAUAUUAAUGGCUAUUGUACAGUAUAACAUAUAUUAACGUCAAUGUACAGACAGCUUUUUUGAAUGUGUCAGAAAAAAAAAAAUAUUUCUAAUCGUUUUUAAACUCAGAUUAUAUCCAUAGCAAAGAAGGCCAUUUGAAGCCCAGAUUGAUUUUAAAUCCUGAACCGUUUUUUUUCUUUCUUUCUUUCUUUCUUUAUAAUUGCAAAAAAAUUUACUAUUUUAUACCACCUUUCUCUCUCUCUCACUCACUCACUCACUCUGACUCUUUCUUUUUCCCCUCUUUCUCUCUAUGAACGGGUGAACUGUCUAGGCCUAGGCUAUUUUACUUUUGGUAUAGGCUAAUCGAUUCAUUUAGCUGUAGAUUACACCGAUCACGCCGAUUUUAAAUAACACGGCGUGUGUGGAGAUUAUUCAUGAGAGAGAGCGGGUGUGUACAAUUUUCAAACUAAGCAUCUUUAGAUAAUUUGUGUCUUGCUAAAUGUUAUCAUUUUGUGAAAAUGCUUUUCGAUCAUCUUAAAUAUGUAUUGUAUCUGAGUUUGUUUGAUAUGUUUUGUGAAAAUGUUCGAACUCAAUUUGAAAGCAUUGAGAUUUUUUUCAGUAUUUAUCAGUGAUAUGACAUCACUCAUACAGUAAUAUGACAUCACUCACGCUAUGAUAUGUCAUCACUCACGCUGUGAUAUGACAUACAAGCUUUGCUGAGAACUUAAAAUGUUAAUCUUUCCCAUGAAACAUGAAUGUGGUGAUUUGUACUGAACACAGGGCUUCUCUGAUGAAGGACGGUCUACUAUACCAUGUUUACUAUGGAGCUGCACAGAGUUUAAACAGGGGAUACAAUCGUGUAGUCAUUGUGUCAUAUCCUGGCAGAUGGAUAGAUUCUCUGUGUGACCCAUGCUAACCACCCCUGCCACGAUUUUUGUGCCAAAUUUGCGAUAGUUUCCCUGGUAACCAGCAGAAAGUUUGUCUGUUAACGUGUUUGUGUGAAAGUUCAACAGCUUUAUAAAACAAUUUGCAGUAUUUACAACCAUUUUAGUUCAUUUGGACUUUGAAGAGGAAAAACAAUAGCAUUUGGAUGCAUGGAGUUGGACAACAGCAGUGUGUCUCUCCUGGAUGAGGGUGACCUGUGUGCAGAUGCUCAGGUCUGUCGAUUCAACGGCUUGCAGAAGUCUGUUCUUUUAUACUCUGUACAUUUCUGCCUCAAAUUUGCAGUAAAUAUUGAGUUUGCCUAAAAUUCCUGUUCCUUGUUUAUCAAGAUUGAUUUGGAGUCUGGAGACUGGAGUUUUUUUAUCUCUAGAGAAAACUGUGACACACUUAAGCCAUUUACAGCGCUUUCGAUGCACAUUCUGUCAGAUGUUUUAUGUAUUUCCUCGGAGCUGUAGCUGAAAAAAAAAAAACUUAAAGCUACAGGAAAACCUUAACUAGCUCUACAACAAAAUAUUUGUAUUGGAAUAUUUCACACAAAAUUAACCAACGUAGAAGGCGACGUUCUCGGGACCUUGCGCAACGUUCCCUAAAAGUUCUGGUGACGAAAAUUCUGAACCUUUACAGAACAUCAGGGAUGUUCCUAAAACGUCCUCUUUUGGUAAUGAAAGUGCUGCAGUUCAGGGUUCCUUAUAUGACUUUAGUGGGACGUUCUCUUUUGGCUAUUUUAUGUUCACAUAAGAACGUUACAAUGAGGAUAUUUGGGACAUUAACAGAACGUCUUAUAGUAAUUGUCCCCUAAACAUUCCCAGAUCGUCCUGAAUGUUUGGUUUAUUUGGUCUACCAAAUAACGUCCCCCAACCCAAAUGUUCUGUAAAGGUUCAAAAUUUUCGUCACUUUUAGAGAAAUUUUAGGGAACGUCGCCUUCUACGUGGGUGUUUUAUAGAAAAUAAUAAGGUUUGAAGUCACCGUUUUGGAGGUGAGCGUUUGCUUUAGAUGGGCUCUUGAUUCUUGACAUUUAACAUUAGAUUUUCUCUGGCUGCUUUAACUGUAUUUCCAAAACACACUUGUUACAGCAAACUUUAUAAGAGAAUUUCUGAUUUGAUAACUUUGGUUAGUGAUGGUGAUUGAAUCAUCAUGGAGUGCCCUGAUUCUCUCCAGAGACUAAACUCUGAGUGCGUUUACUGUUAGUUUGGAAUUGAUUAUUUUUAUAUAUAUAUAUUUUAAUUCAUUAUACAGAGUUUUGAACAGUGACUUUUAGACUCACACAGACAUCAUGAAUCAGAGUAUGAUCCUCAACAAUGGUGACAAUAAACAAAAAUCUUUUUUGUGACUUUAGUAACUUGUUUUGUGAUGUUCAUUUAAACAGUUAAUCUGUUUAUCUGAACUUUUUUUUUUACCAUUGUUGAGGAUCAUACACAGAACCUUCUCAAUCUUAUCAAAGCAGGACAGGAUUGUAUGUAUUAUAGGACUACAACAACAUGAAUGAAAUACAAUAUUCAAAGAUCAGUGAACAAGACCACUAUAUGAUGAAACCAUCAACAAUGAGCAACCAAAUCCAUUAGAUCAGAUAUUUGUAUUCAUUUUGUUAUAAAUGUGCUUUCGAAACACACAGUUAUAACAACUGAAGAAAAAGUAAAGUUAAAACAUCAAG